UCCCUCCCCUGCAUACAUUCACAGUCCAGCUGUCCGUCUCCACACUCACUCUAUCAGGAGUGAGGACAGAAGAGAAGACGUGCCACCACUGCUCAGAAAGAGAUCCACUGCUGGCCUGUUCCUCAGCAUCAUCUGCUCCACACCAUCGCAUGUCUGUCUGACCUCCUCUCUUUACUCAACACUAUUGGAGGUGUCUUUGUGUCUGUGCUCAGCGAGACCUGUUGAAGGGGUGUGUGAGGAUGCGGCCCGGGUGUAUUUUGCUCUUUUGUAUGUGCAUCUCUGUGUUUCUCCACCGCGCUAUUUCACAGCCACCCACAGAAACUGACACCUACACGGAAUGUACAGAUGGAUAUCACUGGGAUUCACAGACUCAGCACUGCAAAGAUAUAAAUGAAUGUGAGACAAUCACAGAAGCCUGUAAGGGAGAAAUGAAAUGCUUCAACCACUAUGGUGGAUACCUGUGCCUCCCUCGCUCAGCCUCGGUCAUCCCCGCCGCUGAGCCACCCAACCAGAUCCACCAGAGCCUGGAGAAUGAAGCCAGAGAGCCUUUCAACUCGUGCCCUCCAGGUUUCGAGCCCCAGCAGGACAGCUGCUUGGAUGUGGAUGAGUGUGAACGGGACAGCCACGACUGCCAGCCCAGUCAACAGUGUUUCAACACAGAAGGCUCCUUCUCCUGCCAGUGUCCAGAUGGUUAUCGCAAAGUGGGCACAGAAUGCAUUGACAUCGACGAGUGCCGGUACCGUUACUGUCAGCAUCGCUGUGUUAAUGUCCCUGGCUCUUUCUCCUGCCAGUGUGAGCCUGGUUUCCAGCUGGCUGGCAACAAUCGCUCCUGUAUUGAUGUGGAUGAGUGUGGUAUGGGGGCCCCCUGCAGUCAGAGGUGUUAUAACACAUACGGGACGUUCCUAUGUCGAUGUGAGCAGGGUUAUGAGCUCGGGGCAGAUGGCUUCGCAUGCAAUGACAUAGACGAGUGCAGCUACUCCAGCUACCUGUGCCAAUAUCAGUGUGUGAAUGAACACGGCAAAUUCUCCUGCGUCUGUCCUGAAGGCUAUCAGCUCCUGGGCACUCGCCUCUGCCAAGACAUAAAUGAGUGUGAGACAGGAGCUCACCAGUGCUCCGACGGACAGACUUGUGUGAACAUUCAUGGAGGUCACAAAUGUGUUGACAACAAAAGCUGUCAGGAUCCCUACAUGCAAGUAUCUGAAAAUCGCUGUAUGUGUCCAGUCUCCAAGCCUGCCUGUCGAGACAUGCCGUACUCUAUUGUCCAUCGCUACAUGAGCAUCACAUCAGAGCGCUCCGUCCCUUCAGACAUCUUUCAGAUUCAGGCCACCAGUGUCUAUCCUGGAGCCUACAACACCUUCCGCAUUCGCUCUGGAGACGACAAUGGAGACUUCUAUAUCAGACAAAUCAACAACAUCAGCGCCAUGCUUGUUCUGGCCCGCGCUGUCAACGGCCCUCAAGAGUAUGUGCUGGAUCUGGAGAUGGUUUCUAUCAACCCGCUCAUGAGCUACCACAGCAGCUCUGCCUUGCGCUUAACUAUCUACGUUGGGCCUUACGCCUUUUAACUGAGAGAGAAUUGGAGAUGUGGAGAGGGAGAAACAGCGGUGGAAGAGUGGAAGCACUGAUCGAUUCAUGCAAAGAGGAGGCCUUAUGAGCUGGAUAUGUCUGCUGGUCUGUCUGCAGACGGCAUUUCCAAGAUUGUACAAAAGAGAAACACACCAACCUAUACAACUUCUACAUCAUAAAUGAUAAUAAUAAAAAAGGCUAUCCGCUUGUUAAGUUGAGACUAUGCAAUACUCAAUACUGUUUCCUGGUCCAAGCCUCUAGUCAAUAGAAUCAAGAAAUCUCUCUCAAUAGUCAAUAUUAUGACCACUUUUCUUGUCAUAUCAUACAUUAAAAGCCACAAGUUUACAGUUUCUGCUGCAUCCCAGAUACCAAUAUUUGAAUCAUUCAUAAAAGACGAAUAUGAUGAUAAUAUCAUUUAAAUUUUUAAUACAGCACACUCUGAGCGUUUAUUAGCACCAUUUGUUGUCUGAUUUUGGCAUCUGCUAGAUAGAGCCAUUGGACUAGAGAAAAUAAAAUUGCACAUCUGGAUAUUUCAUUUUUCUGCGAUAUAAAUACAAUUUCACCAGAUGGCUUGAACAGCUCUAUUUGGAAAGAUUUCAUUCAUUUAGAUCGACUGGGAUAUGAUUAUGUGGGGGAAUGAAUUGUGUAUAAUAUACAAAUUAAAAACAUAGAUGAAUACAAUCGAGCAGGGGUGCCCAAACUUUUUUGUAUGAAGGGCCAAAAACCAAAUAUCAUUGAGAGCUGUGGGCCAAAGGUAAAUAUACCAAACUAUUUUACAUUAAAGUUACCAUGGGUAAUUUCCUAAUAUAUUUCAUAAUAUUUAAAAAUAAGUAGAAAACAUUGUUUUGAAUCUUGUUAACUAAUGCAAUAUAACUUUUUAAUUAGAACUUAUUGUAAUAAAAAGAUAAACAAUUACAUUUAUAACACAGUGAAGUUCAAUGCUGAAUACACUAGUCAAGUAAAAUCUGCAUUGAUUUGCUCACCAAAGUCUCUCCAUUGUCCUCUAUCUGUCGGGUGACAGUAUGUACAUUCUUCAACCCAGGCUCAUUCUGAGAACGUAGUCCUGUGGACGUUUCUGGAGACCGCGAAAUACGUUCCGGGAGGUACGUAUUUUUGCAGUUUUUGUUUUCGCGAAUCCGCGAGAG